AUGUCGAGUUUCUUUCGCCGCCUCUAUCUAGGUUCAAUUUCACCUCCCCUCGUUGUCAAGGAACAUGAUGCACUACGAAUCGGGCUGUUGGGGGCAUCAAAUAUUGCACCUGAGGCGGUGAUAUUGCCUGCCAGAUCACACCCUGAAGUGAUCAUCUACUGCGUGGCUGCACGAGAUCGGAAUAGAGCGAACAUCUAUGCAAAGAAGCAUAAUAUACCUGUUGUUCACGACACAUAUGACGAUGUCAUAAAUGACCCUUCGAUCUCUUGUGUGUACCUUGCAUUACCCAAUUCACAUCAUUUUGAAUGGGCUCUACGUGCCCUCAAGGCUGGGAAGCACGUUCUUCUUGAGAAGCCAUCCACGUCCAAUGCUAUCGAAGCUAAGAAACUUUUCGACCACCCGCUUGUUACUGCCUGUGACGCACCUGUAUUACUCGAAGCGUUUCAUUACCGAUUCCAUCCGGCAUGGCAAACAUUCCUUGACCUUAUCCACAACGAUCCCUCCGCCGGUCCAAUUAAAAACGUGUAUAGCCAGUCUUUUAUGCCUAAGGGCAACUUUCCAGACAACGACAUACGGUUCAAGUAUUCUUUAGCUGGAGGAUGUCUGAUGGAUUUUGCGGCAUAUAAUAUAUCCCACGUUCGGCAAAUGCUAGAUGAUCCACAUCCCAGAGUGCAAAGUGUGGUAUUCCGUACACAUGAGCAUUCCAGCACCACAUCCCCCGUUGAGGGAGAAAAUCCCGAGCAGGUCGAUGAAGCAGUUUCGGCGUCCUACAUAUCUCAAACUGGAGCAAUCGGUCAUGUGGUCGCAGACAUGAACUCAAGGGGUGGCUGGCCGUUGCUUCCUCGUUCUUGGACUCAAAAUUGGCCCAGCAUUGGGUGGCCCAAAUGCACGGCCGAAUUGGAAGAGAAGCUUAUUGAUGACCAUACCACUCAUGGGGAGAAACACUUAGUUCAACGCGUCGUCACACUCUAUAAUCAUAUCUUUCCACACGUUUACCACUGUAUUACAAUCGAGGAUAAGCACAUAAUCAGGCUUGGUUCAGAAGACCUGAGGUCAUGGGUAGAAAGAAAGAACGUUAAGGCUUAUACCUGGCCUGGAGAUUCAGAGGAUUGCCAUGGUAUGGAAUGGUGGACCACUUAUCGCUAUCAGCUCGAAGAGUUUGUUAAUCGCAUUAAGGCUCGUCACGGCAAUGGGUUGUGGAUUAGUAGAGAAGAUAGUAUCAGUCAGAUGGAGGUCAUUGACGAGACGUACAGAAAGGGAGAUUUGAAAUUGCGGCCAACCUCUACAUUCGAUAUUGAUGAUGGAUUAAAAGAGUGA